AGUCAGAGACAUCUCGAUGCACGUAAAAAAUACAGUUAAUGUUUUAAGGUUAUUUGUUUAAAAAGCAACACACCUUACACACGUGAUUUCCAGGAAGCAGUUUCGGUUUCCUUACGUCCAGCAAAGAGAAGAACUAAUCUCUCUGUAGACAACGACCUGCAAAAGCAUGAGGCGGCGUGGACUGUUCACCCUCAUUGGGGUUGCAACUGGAGCAGUUGCUGCAGUUGUGUUAGCUCCGGUGGCACUGACCGUGGCUGGGUUCACCUCUGCUGGUAUAGCAGCAGGUUCUCUGGCCGCCGGCAUGAUGUCUUCAGCAGCCGUAGCUAACGGAGGUGCUGUUGCAGCAGGAAGUUUGGUCGCCGUCCUCCAGUCAGCAGGUGCUGCCGGACUGUCUGCCGGUGCGGCCGCAGCAGUGGCAUCAGUGGGUGGUGUAAUUGGUGGUGCAGUUGGUGGUGCAGCGGGUGGAGCAGCAGGUGGAGCAGCGGGUGGAGCAGCAGUUUUACUUUCUCAUUCCAACAGUCCACCUUCACCUGAAGAGGAGGAGGAAGAGGAGGAUGAAGAGAUGAUCAAUCUGGAGACUAAAGAGCUUGUGCCAAAAUAAGAAGCAUUUGUUAAUAACUGAUCACAGUGGAUGUUUGUGUUCACUUUGCAUCUGUGUACAUGCUAAUUUUACACACCUGCACCUAGAUGUGCAUGUAUUUUGAUUGAUGACACUUCAUUUUGUAAGCUUAUUAAGAAUAAUUAAACUAAGGAAAUGUAUUUAAUGUUGUUUUGUCUCCUAACAAGGAAAUACUCAAGUUUAAUCAAAGCCACUUUGAGUAUUGUGAUUAAACAAGUUGAACUUUUUUUAAUGUUUUAUCCAAAUGUAUCAUUUUGUAAUGAGCAAAUAAAAAAUAAACGAGUGUAAAAUCAGAAAA